AUGAACGUAACAUUCGCCACCAUCGUCCUGCUGCUCUCUCUGCUGCGUCGCCAACUGUGGGAGGUAACCUGCGUGAAGAAUGUAAACGGGCCGAAAGUUCAAAUCUCAACAAAUGGGGGGCGGAGGGGGCCACUCGCGCCACCCCAAAAAAACGGUGCAAAAAAAAUAUACCUCAUUUGCAGCGGACCCAUUUUUAAAAAAACAAACAAGUUAAGAAAAAGUUACGCAUUUCACGAUUUGGUUUAUUCAAAUAGGAGAAGAAAAAUAGCCAAUUUGAUUUACAUAGAUGUAAUGAAUGAAGAUAAAAAAAAAGUCGCAGAGGCAUUGGAAAAGAUCUUUCAGAAGCAAGAAAGGCUAAAUUUCCCACUAGUAUUUAAGGAGGCCAUACACUAUUUCCACACCAAUUUUGUGUAUCAUUUUGUACUUCUCUCCAUUCUAGAUAGUAACCCCUGGAUGUUGCGCCUACUUAAAAAAGUCAGCAAAUUCUUUCGUGCGAAAUUCAGAGCCAAUCUGUUCACAAAAACGUGCGACAUUUCUACGUUUGAGAGGAAGUACAUCUGGAAUGGAGCCCUAAUUGGUAGGUACUUCAAAAGGAUCUUAAAGAAGCACCAUAGGAAAGUGCAGGUUUUAAUGGAUGGUUGCUUGAAAAAAGAUGAAUACUACUGCCACACCGCUGAGCAAAGCAGCUGCAUGUACAGUCGCGAGGAUAACAACUGUGAUGCUGACCAAUUUCUCUGCACACUACGUAACAUACAUGCCAUACAUUUUUACAACAUUUUUGAGGAACAUUUUUUCCAGAAAACCAUUAACAAUAUUAUGAAAAUGAUUAACACUAAUGUGAAAUUCACUCUUUUGAAAAAUUUCAUCACUGAUAGAUAUACGGCUCAGCAAAUUCUGUACACACACAAAACAUUUUUCACCUUAACUGUUCAGAAAAAUAGUACGCCUUUGUUCAGCUCGUUUAUCGAAGUGGAAAAGCUGAAGGGAAAAAUGUGCCACCUUUUGGAAGAAACGGUGAAGAGACAACUAGAUGUAGCCAUACCCAAUUUAAGACUAACGAAUUUGAUAAACUUGUCUCUCAUAAUGACCAAGUUGCUGCUGAACAAGGUCACCCAAGUGGCGUUCUACUUCGUCAUGCUGUACAUAAAGAAAAAGGCUCAGGAAAGGGGGGGACCGCUCAUGCGGGUGCUAGGUGCCCUUUCGUUUGGCUAG